AUGGAUUAUCACAAAGCAAUGAUAAGAGCUUUGCUGUUCUUCCUCUCGUUCGCAUAUGCAAUGGCAUCCAAAUCUUCUAAUAUGAGUUGCCCACAUGCUGAGAGAGAAGCACUUCUGAGGUUUGCCCGAGGUUUCAACCGAACUGCAGAAGCCGAGAGAGAAGCGCUUCUGUGGUUUGCCGGAGAUUUCAACCUAACUGCAGUUGACUUCUCUUCUUGGGAGGGAAAAAAUUGCUGCAAAUGGGAAGGCAUUGAGUGCGACGACCGAACCGGGCACGUCGUGCAUUUAGAUCUUCAAUGGAGGGGAAUCGUCGGCAACAGAAUCGAUCCUUCUUUGCUCCGUCUUAAGCAGCUGAGCUAUUUAGACCUCAGCAACAAUUACUUUGGGUCCAUCUCGAUUCCGCUGUGGAUCGGUUCUUUCAAAAAGUUAAACUAUCUUAACCUAUCCCACUCGAAUUUUUACGGGAUGGUACCCGAUCAGCUCGGAAAUCUCUCAAGACUUCAAAUCCUCGAUCUUUCCGAUAAUCUACUUACAUUGAGCAACGCUAAUUGGCUUUCUCGACUCACCUCUCUACUUCAUAUUGAUAUGAGCUCUUUUAUGAUUGACGAUGCAUCUAAUUGGCUGCAAGCAUUGAACAUGCUUCCUUUAGUACAAGAUAUUCGUUUGCAGUUCUGCUCCUUCGGUAACUUUCCACAAUCUCUCCCGCAUGUAAAUUUUACGUCUCUUUCCCUUUUGGAUCUUUCUUACGCAUCAUUCGAUGAUUAUUCUAAUAACAGCAAAGUAAAUUCUAGCUUACCCGACUGGUUGUUUAGAAUUACUUCCCUUCAAUAUCUUUAUCUCACUGAAAGUGGAUUUACAGAGCUCAUUCCAUCUUCAAUUGGAAACUUGGCUUCUCUGAAGGUUCUCCAACUAGAAUAUGUUAUCCUUGAUGCCGGGAUACCGUCUAGUUUGAGCAACCUCUGUGAGCUUCGCACGCUAGAUUUAUCAUACUCCACAAUUAAUUCCCAAUUAGAUGCAUUCGAAGCGUCUUUUUCUGGGUGUCUCAAAAACAGUUUGCAAGAGUUGUACUUAAGUCUGACUUCUCUAAGUGGCAACAUGCCGGAUUGGAUCGGUGGCCUGAACAAUCUAAAUAUUCUUGAUCUUUCAUUUAACUCACUUUCCGGUUCGAUCCCCACGUCUUUUUGUAAACUAUCCACCUUACAGGUGUUAUAUUUAUAUAACAAUAAGCUAAAUGGCACUGUUCCGGAAUGCCUUGGAAACCUUAGUGAGGUAAAAUCAUUGGAUCUUAGCUCCAACUCUCUUGUCGGAGUUAUUUCAGAAUAUCAUUUUUCUAAUCUUACAGAGUUAGAUUACAUGGACCUGAAUUCCAACUCCUUGGUUUUGAAUCUGAGCUACAACUGGGUUCCUCCUUUCCAACUCGAUUAUUUGGACUUUGGUGGCUGUAAAUUAGACCCCCAAUUUCCCUCAUGGCUACAGACUCAGAAGUCUCUAGCCCACCUCGAUCUAUCUUCCACGGGGAUUUCGGAUUCAGUGCCAAAUUGGUUUUGGAACUCAAUGACCAAUCUUUCUACCAUUUAUCUCGCUAAUAAUGAGCUACAUGGUGAGAUACCCAACUUAAUAAAAUUCAGGGCUGAUACAGAUUUAUUUAUUGAUUUAAGUUCCAACUUCUUUGAGGGACCAGUGCCACGUUUUCCGUCAAACACGGCACAACUAGAUUUGUCAAGCAAUUCAUUUAUGGGCCCUAUUCCUGAUGAUAUUUUCCAGCUAAUGCCUAAUUUAAGUGCGCUUUUGUUGUCGAGGAAUAGAAUAAAUGGCAGGAUCCCCAUGUCUAUUUGUAGUUCACAAUUGAUUAGCAGAUCAAUCUCAAACAAUAAUUUAUCAGGAGAGCUCCCAAACUGUCAAAAUAAUACUCAAUUAGAAGUUUUGGAUCUUUCAAAUAAUAAUCUUUCCGGAGGAAUACCCGAAUGGCUUUGUGAAUCGCCUCAGUUUCAAUCCUUGCACCUAAGGGGAAACAGUUUAUCCGGAGAGCUUCCGUCAUCCUUAAAGACCUGCAAGAGUCUAGAUACUCUUGAUCUUGGUGGUAACAUGUUUACAGGAAGGAUCCCGAUCUGGCUUGGAGAGCUCUCGUCUCUCAAGAUUCUUAGCUUGAAAUCAAACAAGUUUGUCGGCCGAAUUCCAACAGAACUCUCUAAUCUUACUGCUCUCCAAAUCUUAGACCUCUCAAACAACAAUCUUUCAGGGCCGAUACCGAUAAGCUUCGGCAACUUCAUGUCCAUGAGGACCCCUCUUACAAACAUUGGAUUCAUCCUAAAUAACUCAGUAUAUAACUAUGAGGAGAAUAUGAUAUUGGACAUCAAAGGAAGAGAAGAUCGAUAUGGUAACAAUCUUCUUUCGCAGAUUACGAUCUUGGAUCUCUCUAGGAAUAGCUUGUCAGGACGCAUACCCGAUGAAAUAACAAAUCUUCUUGGAUUGCUGAUAUUGGACUUGUCGAGUAAUGAUCUAAUGGGACAAGUACCAUCCAACAUCGGCAAUAUGAUGCAGCUAGAAUCUCUCAACUUGUCGAGAAACAAAUUAUCAGGAGCAAUUCCUUCUAGCUUGUCCAACUUAACCUUCUUGGACUUCUUGGACUUAUCUUACAACAACUUUUCGGGAAGAAUUCCGACCGGAAGGCAAAUGGACACAUUCCCCGAUCCUAACAUAUAUGUCGGAAACCAAUAUCUUUGCGGAUUUCCAUUAAGUGUGAGAUGCACAAGCAAUGCAGGCCAAGCCGAAGGCCCGACAAUUGGCCAGUUAAGUCGUACUCCACCGACUGUUAAUGGUCGUGCAGGAUCUGAUGUUUCAAAAAAGGCAGAUGAAAAUCGAAAAGAGAUCUUACUCCUUUGCCUUAUUACAAUAGCAGGAUUUGCAGUUGGGUUUUGGACUAUUAUCGGAGUUCUAUUGGUACGCAAGACAUGUAGGGUUUGGUGGUUCCAAUAUGUAGAUAGCUUGUAUGACAGUCUCUAUGUAACCGCUAGAGUAUACUUUGCAAGACUUACGAAAAAGAUGUAA